CCGAGGGGUGGUAAAAAGGAGAAGGGUAUUGGGCCUGGAGGGAGUGCUGAGGGUUGUGGGCGGCUAGGCUGCUCUCCUGGGCGGUGUCCGGGGAGCUGCUGGCCGAGUCGCCCUGGGUUUCCGCCACCCUCUUGGAGGUGUCCGAACGCGUGGGGUCCACUAGUGAGACCCUUAGGCCGGCACCAUGGGCUGCUGCUUCUCUAAGAGACGGAAGAGUGAGAAGGAGGCGAAGACUGAGGGAGAGGAGCAGCCAAAGCUGUACAGCUGGGAUCAGCGGGAGAAGGUUGAUCCAAAAGACUACAUGUUCAGUGGAUUGAAGGAUGAAACAGUAGGUCGCUUACCUGGAAAAGUGGCAGGACAACAAUUUGUCAUUCAAGACUGUGAGAACUGUAACAUCUAUAUUUUUGAUCACUCAGCUACCAUUACCAUUGAUGACUGCACCAACUGCAUACUUUUUUUGGGACCAGUGAAAGGCAGUGUGUUUUUCCGAAAUUGUAGAGAUUGCAAGUGUACAUUAGCUUGCCAGCAGUUUCGUGUGAGGGACUGUAGAAAGUUGGAAGUCUUUCUGUGCUGUGCCACUCAACCCAUUAUUGAAUCUUCCACAAAUAUCAAGUUUGGGUGUUUUCAGUGGUACUACCCUGAAUUAGCAGCCCAAUUCAAAGAUGCAGGGCUCAGUAUCUUCAAUAACAUAUGGAGUCACGUUCAUGAUUUUACACCUGUGUCAGGAGAGCUCAACUGGAGCAUUCUUCCAGAAAGUGCUGUGGUUCAAGACUAUGUUCCUAUUCCAACUGCUGAAGAAUUCAAAGCUGUACGAAUUUCCACCGAAGCCAAUAGAAGCAUUGUUCCCGUAUCCCGGGGUCAGAGACAGAAGAGCAGUGAUGAGUCUUGCCUAGUGGUAUUAUUUGCCGAUGAUUAUGCAACAGCAAAUGCCAGGAAACUAAUUGAUGAGAUGGUUGGUAAGGGGUUUUUCCUAGUGCAGACAAAGGAAAUGUCAAUGAAAGCGGAAGAUGCUCAACGGGUUUUCCGAGAAAAGGCAUCUGACUAUUUUCUUCUCCUGAACAAAGGUCCUGUGAUUGCCUUGGAAUUUAAUGGAGAUGGUGCUGUAGAAGGAUGUCACCAUAUUGUAAAUGAGAUAUUCAAUGGGACAAAGAUGUUUGUAUCCGAAAAGAAGGAGACAGCAUCUGGAGAUGUUGACAGCUUCUAUAACUUCGCUGAGAUACAGAUGGGGAUUUGAAGCGGAUUGUGGUUCUACAAGCACAAUAAGAACAUUCGGAGCAUUGGAACAAGCAGAAAUGACAACGCAAUAAUAAAAUUACUUCCUGUUGGAUAA